AUGAGUUCCACUAUAAAUGUGCCAGAUGAUUUAGAUUUUAAGGACAUAUUUCCCACGUGCUAUGGUGAGUAUAGAAAUGCUAUGAAAAAUAAAUCAAACAUUGAGGCUAGGUCUUAUACAAGUUUGUGUAAUAGAAUUAAUAGUUUAGUAGGGGCGGAUGAUUUGGGGUUUAUUUUGCCUUGUCAAGUGAUAAGUCUCUAUUUAGAAAGAAUAAAUAGCAACACCAUUUAUCAUGAUAAAAGACCAUGUUGUAUAUAUUUUAACUACAAAUUAAUUUCUGAACUAAAAAGACAUAAUUGUGAUUGUGAUAAAGCAAGUGAUUGUUUUGAUAAAAUGAUAAAUGAAUUUGCAGGAGGUAAAAAGUUAUCUGGUGUAUGUAAGGGUUAUAUAAAAGAGCUUGAGGGUGAUAUACUUAACAUAUUGGAUAAAAUAAAUGGACUAUAUGACAAUUUUGAAGAAUUAAAAUUAAAUUCUAAAGAAAAUUGUGAAUACGCUAGGAAGUGUGUUACAAAAUAUAGAGAUUUAUUAGAAAUAUGUUAUAAAGGGAAUAACAAAAGAUUUUGUGGAUUACUAGAAAUAUUUAAAGAUGAAUAUAAUGAUCACAUGAAAGAUAAGUCUGCAUGCUAUGAUGUUCCAAAAUUUUUAUAUUCCUCCUAUGGUAUAUCUAGGUGGAAGGUCGUUUUAGCUUCAUUUAUAGUAACUUUUGCAAUAUCAAUAACUAUAUUAAUUUUGUAUAAGUAUAACAUUUAUGAUUUAUAUUUACAACCAAUGGUGAAAAAGUUAAAGAAAAUCUGGAAAACAAAAAAGAAAGAACAACUUAAAUUAAUUGAAUCAUUUGAACAUAUAUGCAGAAACUUAAUGGAUGGAAUAUACAGAAUAGAAUAUACCCAAGUAGGAUACUAA